GUUAUGCUAACUGCCAUAUGUCAUACAAUUUACUCAAAUUUUAUGCGAGUGCUAAUAAUUAUUGUUGAAUUGCAACAUGUCAACGAAACAGCGUGUCCGUCAGUUAGAAUCGUGCAGUCGCGAAAUGUUCGGUGAUAUGAUCCUCCACCAUCAAACUCCACCACAACAAUCGGUCUUUGGAGAAAUCAUCCAAGCUGUACCGGUAACGCUUUCAAUACGAAAAAGUUCGAUGGAAAGUCCUUCAAACAAAUACACAGAUUACGAGAAAAGAAGAGCCUCCGAUUUAGUAGAAGAGCUUUUAGUAGACAUCUAUAGCAAUAUUAACGGAUCCGAUUACAACUCUGCAACUUCGAGCAAGUCCCAUCGGAGCUUCGUUGCCGAAAUUAAUAAUUUGCAGGGAAAAGAUUUACUUUUUACAGAUGCAACAGAAUUAUUAUCUCUGAUUAGUUAUUUGGAAUGUCACGUGGAGCGCGCUGGAAGCAUUCUGGUACGGCAACUGAAGCGCCGCGACGCUUUGCGUCGUCAACAAGACGCACACUCUGACGUCAUUACCAGCCAACUUCUGAAACGAAGUGGUCCGGACGGCCCAGAGAUGCGUUUUUCAAUCCAACCAGGCCCUGGAGAAUCGGGCUUUUCCCAAUGGUUAGCAGCUAUGAAGAUGGUGGCUCAAUUAUCCGGUGGCAUACCUCUUGAAUUUCGAAAACGUUUAUGGCUUACAUUGGCUGACAGACACUUGGCAGCUCGCGGUAUCGAUUGGUCUAAUGUGGAGAGAAAUUGCUUCAGUGAGUGGUCGCAUCCAACAGAUUCCGAGUUGGGGGUACAAAUUGUAAAAGAUUUGCAUCGAACUGGAUGUAGUCUUUUUUGUGGAAAGGAUGGAAAAGAAAAUCAAGCCUUGUUAAAGAGAGUACUUCUGGCUUAUGCUAGAUGGAACAAAGCUGUCGGCUAUUGUCAAGGUUUUAACAUGUUAGCAGCUCUGAUACUUCAAGUGACUGAUAAAUGUGAGACUGAUGCUUUGAAACUCAUGAUUUAUCUCAUAGAAGGAGUGCUCCCCGACUCAUAUUUCGCUGAUAGUUUACGUGGACUUUCCGUCGACAUGGCUGUUUUUAGAGAGUUACUAAGGGCUCGAUUACCACGUCUUUCAAAACAUUUAGAUGCUCUACAAAAUGCGGCCAAAGAAGGAACCACCAGCUACGAACCUCCUUUAACCAAUGUUUUCACCAUGCAGUGGUUUCUCACAUUGUUUUGUAAUUGUCUGCCACAACCGACGGUUUUGCGUGUUUGGGAUUUGAUUCUUCUCGAAGGUAAUGAGAUACUUCUUCGCACGGCUUUAGCAAUCUGGCAAACUUUGGCGGAUCGAAUAAUGGGCGUUCGAAGCGCGGACGAAUUCUACUGCAUUAUGGGUGCUUUAACUCGCGAACUUCUCGAGUUUGAGCUAAUUGAUGCAAAUUCUCUAAUCAAAACUGUGGUAGCAAUAGGACCUCUAAAUGAACUCAAGAGUCUUCGUGAACAUUACUUGUACAACAUAAACCCUUGGGGUAGUGCAGUACCUACAACUAUAUUUCCCGACAGUAUUGACAAGCAAAUGAAACUGUACGCAAAAGACAGAUUGGUGCUAGAUAUAAGCGCCCUCAAAAAGCAAUAUGCAAAGUUAAAACAAAGACAGAGACAGGCUCACAUAAUUUUUAGUGCUGCUAUAUCUAGACAACCUCCUCCUAGUACUCCAGUCGCUAUGAAUCAUUUGCUAUUAGGAAAAAGUGCUUUGGUUCCUGCUAAAAGGUUGGGUCCGCCUAAAGGAAGUAUUCCUCCGGCUAGAACUCCCCCAAGCACUCUUUUGUGGAAAGACGCCCCUAAAACCAGCGACAGUUCUUCGUCAUCAGAUACUGAACUCUGCGACGAUCCAAGCGAAGCGUCUUCGGAUGAAGAAGAUGAAGAAAUCAAAAGUCAAUUUGUAGAUGACAAUCCCGAAAAUCUUAUGAAUAAAGACAAUAAAGCCGUUGCUGAAGAAGUCGAUGUUGCCAAUUCUUCCAAUAGUCAAAUUAGUAGUGAUAUUUUUGAUAAUUCCGCUUCAACCAGUGUGAAAGACAUAUUUGAUGUAGCAGAAUCCGACGAUGACAGCGUCGAUUUUGAAAAGUUUCUAGAAGAUCGUGUUCGUUGCCUUAAAGAAAUUAAAACACCGACUAAUGAGGAACCGGAAGAGGAAGAUAGAAUUACAUACGGUAGAAGAAAUAGUGAACGCGCCUUACAAAUUAUUCAAGAGAAUUCGUUAAUUCUACAUAGAAUAAUGCAAUGUCAGUCAAGAUUAUCACCGCCACCACCUUUUGUCAACCAGGACAAUGCAUCUGAGGCAACAAUAGCAUCGCCGAAAGACAAAGAAGCGACAUCAAUGACUUUCUAUGAUACGUUAAGCAGUAUUAACCUCAAUUCUUCGCCAACUCAUGAAACGGAACACUGGCCGAGCACAACAAAUAACGAUGCAGUAAAACAGGAAACCAAGUCUCUUGAAUAUGGUUCCAGAUAUAGCAGCAUACUUGAAAAAAGCAGGAAUUUGGAUGAAAAGUACAACAACUUAAUUUUAAAUGCAAGUGUUAUGAAUUUGAGAACUGUUAAGGACGAAAAUGACUCUAGUGAUUCAAGACUUGAUGAUCCAAUUAUUUCAAGUGUUGUGAAUUUUGAUAAAAUAUCAGAGAACAGUCUGGAUAAAGCCAAUGACGAAGAAUCAAAAAGUGAAAUUCAAAAUAUUGUUAACGUAAAAGAUAAUUUUUCCCUAAAUUUUGAUGAAGGUUCGACUUGCUAUAAUCCCAUCAGUGCAAAAUAUUCGUACUUAAAAUCCCCGUGUUCUGAUGGUAGUGAUAAAUCGCCAAGUUCAAAAUCUCCAAAUAAAAUAUUCAACCCGUUCCCCAUUCCUUUGAAUUCUCGACAAAGCAAGGAAGUUCCUUUGAAACUGGGAUUGUACAAAAAAUGACAAAAUAACUUUAUAUUAUUUUUGUUAUCGUUGUGCUUAUAAUAAGGAAAAGACUGCACUCAAAUUUAUUGUUAUUAUGAACAAAGAUUGUAAAAGUUUAACCGCAUUAACACUAUUGUAUUACCCGAGAAAAGCGAACCAUCAAACAGUUUUGAUGGUGUGACAAACAUUUAUUAUUAAUAAAACCUUGUUGAUACUAUUUUGCGCUGUGCCAGAUCCGUUCUAAAGAUUUUAGCAAAUAAUAUAUUUCCUUAAAAAUUGUUAUAGUGUUGACUCAAUAAAUACAUUCUUGUUUAA